GUCUCUCUCUCUCUCUCCGCAGCUGUGUGUCAGCUCUGACCUUAAGUCGGUGUUGUGUUCUCGCUCGUGUCGGUCGCUCGGCCUGCAGCAGCGCUCCAUCAGAUUCUCCCUUAAAAUGCUCCAGCGUGUGACUCCUGACAUGUAAAUGGCGUCGAAGGUGCGUGAUGCUGUGCUCUGGUACCAGAAGAAGAUCGGUGCGUAUGACCAGCAGAUAUGGGAGAAAUCAGUGGAACAGCGAGAGAUCAAGGGUCUGCGGAACAAACCGAAGAAGACCGGUCACGUGAAGCCGGACCUGAUUGAUGUGGAUCUGGUCAGAGGUUCUGCGUUUGCUAAAGCGAAGCCCGAGAGCCCGUGGACCUCUCUGACCCGGAAGGGCAUCGUCAGAGUGGUUUUCUUCCCAUUUUUCUUCCGCUGGUGGAUUCAGGUGACAUCGAGAGCCGUCUUCUACCUGCUGCUGUCUCUCUACCUGCUGCAGGUGCUGGCGGCCGUGUUGUUUUUCAGCAUCUCCAGUCCUCACAGCGUCCCCGUCACCGAGGUGUUUGGAGCCAUCUGGCUGAUGCUGCUGUUAGGAACCGUUCACUGCCAGAUCGUCUCCACACACACUCCUAAAGCCAGUGGCGGCGGCGGCAGCGGGAAACGCCGCAGGAAGUUGAGGAAAGCGGCUCAUUUGGACAUUCAUAGAGAAGGCGACGGCUCUAGCACUACUGAUAACACACAGGAGGGGGCACCGCAGGGCUCGCUGUCUGCCGGCUCACGCAGCCUCGUGGCUUUCUUCAAAGAUUUCUGGCAUGGUAUCUUUAAAGAGGGGUCUAAAAAGUCCAAGCUGUCCAUCGAUAAGUCUACAGAGACGGACAAUGGAUACGUGUCUCUGGACGGACGCAUCACCAGCAAAAGCAGCGAGGAGGGUUUACAGCUGCAUGAGCCUCACUGCGACCUGCUGCGCUCCGAGACGCACUGGAGCCUCCAGCACCACAGACACCAGCUGAUCCUGCCGCCCACGGGCAAGUGUCUGUCUGAGGCUGCGGUUCCUCGCGUGGUGGAGAACAUGUCGGGUGAAGCAUCCAGUGAAGAAGACCCAGAGAACUACAGUGCCCUCCGCAGAGGAGUGGAGCGCAAGAACAGCGACUGCACACUGCGCAACAGAAAAGCACACCACUAUAAGAAGCAUUACACUGCUGAGGAGACGCUGAAGUCGGGCACCAGCUGCAGCUCGCGGUGCUCCAGCUCACGGACGCAGGACUCUGAGAGUGCGCGGCACGAGUCUGAGACGGAGGAUGUUCUGUGGGAGGACUUCCUGCACUGCGCCGAGUGCCGCUCCUCCUGCAGCAGCGAAACAGACGCCGACGGAUCCGCAGCCUGUUCUGCCUCUAAGAAAGAGUUCAGAGACGACCCGUUUCAUCAGGGUCACAUGCCGUGGCUCCACAGCUCUAAUCCGGGCCUGGAGCGCGUCAGCGCCAUCGUGUGGGAAGGAAACGAAUGCAAGAAAGCAGACAUGUCUGUGCUGGAAAUCAGCGGCAUGAUAAUGAACAGGGUCAAUCUCUACACUCCAGGCAUCGGCUAUCAGAUCUUGGGGAAUCUGGUGUCUGUGACGCUGGGUUUGACUCCGUUUGCGUUCAGAUUGUUCCAGCACAAAGAUCUCGACUAUCUCCUGCAGCUGCUUCACGUGCAUGAGACGUUUCUGGAGUUUCACUAUAACUGGGAGCUGGUGAUUUGGUGCACCUCGCUGUCGCUGUACCUGCUGAGAUUCGUCACGCUGGGCUCAGAAACCAGCAAGAAAUACAGCAACACCUCCAUCUUACUCACAGAACAGAUUAACUUGUACUUGAAAAUGGAAAAGAAACCAAAUAAGAAAGAAGAACUCACUCUGGUCAACAAUGUCCUCAAACUGGCCACCAAAUUACUGAAGGAGUUGGACGCUCCGUUCCGUCUGUACGGUCUGACCAUGAAUCCUCUGCUGUAUAACAUCACUCAGGUGGUGAUUCUGUCGGCCGUGUCGGGGGUCAUCAGCGACCUGCUGGGCUUCAACCUGAAGCUGUGGAAGAUCAAAUCAUGACGGUGAAUCUGCAGUGAUUUCAGCUUCCCGAGGCGAUGCGCGUCUCAAACACACGGUGGCGCUGUUUCUCCUCGACGGCUUCCUGACAAUGAACUCUUGACCUGUUGUUCAGUCAUAGAGUGCUUGUGCAAUUCAGCUAUUUAUUUUACCCUUUCAGUGUUUUUUUUUAUUCUGAAGUAUUUGUUUUAGCUGUUACAAUUGUUUUAAGUAUUAUUUUAGCUCCUGAUGUGACAUUCUCAUAGGAAAGAUAAUCCAGCGCAGUCUGAUCUGCGAGUUACUGAAACCAACAGAAAAGCCCCAUCAUGACGCGAUGAUCAUUGUGGAACGGAUGAAACUGACACACACACACACACACACAAACACAACUGAAACUGCCGUUUUUACACGUGUGUGAGUUUCAUCAGUUGAUCUGCAGUUUUUCAGCUUUGUUUUCAUUCUCAGCAAUAAGUGUCAGUGAGUUCAGAUGAACAUUAAUGCGUCUGAUCUCACACCGAUUCAGCCGCUUCAUGUGUCGUCUGUGACCCACACACACUCGGUCGGUCUGUAAACACGUGUGUGUGUGUGUGUGUGUGUGUGUGUGUGUUUGUCAGUUAGCAAAGCCUCAAAAUGUGCACUUUAAAGCAGAAAAUGUUACAUGUUUCAGUCAUGUUACAGUCAGUCAACGGUUCAGUCUUGGUGUUUUGUACGUGACGUAACGACCAAAGUGUUUCUUUUUCCUUUGUCUGUUUGUUUUUUUUGCUGGAGAUGAAUGUAUUCGACUCUCUGAACUCUGCUUUGUAACGGGGACUGACAGAGUUACUUUUCGUUGUUGUUGUGAUGCUGUUUUAAGUUUGAUUCAUAUAGAUUCAUAUUUCUGUUCAUGGAGGGAAAAUGUUCUGUUACAAAGAAACACUAUUUAAAGAAAAAGAGAAAUGGAGAAACUGAAUGUCUCGUUUGCUUUUCAGAGAGAAUCUUGUGUUUCUAGUUUCUGUAUAUUAUUCAGACGUUUCUCUUCUCAGAUGAAGCUACAGCCAGCUUCACGAGAAUCUUGUGCUGGUGAAACUUAUAUUUCAACACGCUGUACAAAAUAAAUCUCUCAUGAAAAGUG